AUGGCUCUUCGUCUUUUCGCCCCGGCGCCCCUGCGCAUGUCGCCCUCCAUUCUCCCCUUUGCAUUCGCCCUCCCCAUCUCCAUCACCAUCCCUCCGCUCCUCGCCGAUCUCUGGGAAUCCGUCCUCCGCGCCGUCCCCAAGAAGAAGACCUCCCACAUGAAGAAGCGCCACCGUCAAAUGGCCGGAAAGGCCCUGAAGGAUGUCCAGUCUCUGAACAAAUGCCCAGGAUGUGGUCAGAUCAAGCGCGCCCACUUGUUGUGUCCUCACUGUGUGAGAGAUAUCAGGGACUCGUGGAAGACGGCGCAGACCGCAUAA